CCAAAAAAGCGAAAAUUGGAUAGUGUGGAUAUUGUCAGCUCAUCGGCCCGUGUCAGUGUCCGCUGCCGUUUUACACCCAAGGAACGCGACCAGCUAAUCAUGAUUCGAUUUUGGCCGUCGGCUUCUUCUUGAAUCCGGUCUAUCGUUUCUGGUUGGAUCCAACAGUUCUUCGUGAUUUGAUGCAUGAAUUCGUACCGGAAAGCCGAAAUAAGACGGUCCAAAGCCUGAUGGCUUGUGGAGUUCGUGAGCUUGUUCGGGACAAUCGUCUGGCCUAUUUGCAGCGGGUUGUCCGGAAUUUGUCCACUUUUCCGGAAAUGCGCCGCCUCCGAUCGGAACUCUGCGGCACCAGUAUCCCCAACACAUUCAAAAACGGAAUUUUUCAAAGACGCUUUCAGAACCGCAAUGGUUCUUCUUUUUGUCGACAACAACCGUACUACAAUGACCGAUGCGAGGUUCCGUUCGUUUUUGAACGCUGGAAAUGUGUCUGUAACUAAAGAGAUUACGGUAUCCAACUCGGUUCCCCAUCGAUCACAGAAGCCUGUCACCUAUGGACAUAUUCAACAUUGUGUGGCGGCUAAUAUAUUGAUU